AUGGCUUCACGCGAUGGCGAUCGACCCUAUAAAGUGGUCUAUUCCACCCGUACCCGAGAUCCAACUUCCAAUGAUGAUCAAGAUUUCCGCCAAAGAUCCCGCCGCGACUACGGCUAUGAGUACGACUAUGCGCCAGGCAAAUCUUACUCGCGUGGCUCGCGCGACGACAGAUCCGAUGUCGACGGACGAUCUCGGGCCAGCGGGCAAAGCUAUUCGGAGCCAGCUUCAAUGACAUCGGUAGGGAGCACCACCAAAAUUAAAUAUGAGGUGGGUAGGGACCGAAACUCUGAUGUCUAUGUCAAACGACCCAACGCUCUAGUCAUCGAGCGUCCACGUGAUACUGGACGUUCGGAGUACGAAGUUCUUCGACCGGAGAGGGGUGAAGACGGGUCCUACGUGGUUGACAUUGGAGGUGGACGUGCCCGCGACUACCGCAACCGCGACUUGGACAGUUACGACAUUCCCUCACGUCCGCGCUACAAUGAGACGCGUUCUGCGGCGCCCAGGGCCCUAAGGGAUGAUGAUGCUGCCACAUAUGAUCUACCUCGAUCGGGAGGUCGGGUUCGAACGAUCAACCGCUAUGACUAUCAAGAUGUCGAAAUUGUGGAGGAUGCAGAUGAUGAGCCGAGAUAUCGACAAAGUCGGGGACCAGAGGCUCCUGUUGACGAUGCAGCCCCUCUCCGGCGCCGGAAAAGUGCACUGCGAGGGAGGAACAAUACUCCUCCCGCAGUGUUGGAGCGGAGACGAUCUCAGAGUGUGGGCUUCCAUCGAGACCAAGUCAGCUCUCACGACGCCAGCGAACAGCGCCACGAACGGCCUGGCGCUGAGGCACGCAUCGCGGGCCGAUACCUAAGAGAUCGUGCGGACAGUGAUGAUUACACGGAUGACUAUAGGGACUCGGGCGGGAUCCGACCCAGAGGCGACUACAACCCUCAACGCAACGACUUACGAUUGAAUGAAUACGAAUAUGACAACGACCGAAGAACAUACACUGAAGAGACGAUGCGACGAUACGAAUAUGAAGAUGAUCAACGACCGGCCGACCCUGUGAGGCCUCGAUAUGCCGAACCCACCCGCCGUGCCCAGCGCGAGGUCGAUGAUCGUGCGGCGUACACUGGGUAUGAUGUCAAAAGUAGGCGUGAAUAUUACAGGUAG